AACCGAAACGCAUCCGACUCCGUCUUGUACGGACAAGAAGCAACUCCUCUCUCUCUCUCUCCACCCUCUUGUUCAUUUAUUAGAGAGAGAAAGUGAGAAGAGCUCCCAGUUCUCUCUCUACCCUCUCUCUAGCUUUGCUAGCUUGUGUUUGCAUGGAUGGAAAUUUCUAGUCUGCAACAACAUCAGGCUAUGGCUGCCCACCCAGAACCCAACAGCGUCCUCCACCACCCCCAACAAGACCAACGGAAACCCCGUCCUCAGCCGGAGCAGUCCCCGAAAUGCCCUCGCUGCGACUCCACCAACACAAAGUUCUGCUACUACAACAACUACAGCCUGUCCCAGCCCCGCUACUUCUGCAAGUCCUGCUGCUGCCGCAAGAACCACAGGAGAAACCCUAACAACCCUAGCUCCUCCGGCAAGCAGAUCAGCAGUGUUAAUAAGCAAGAUGAUCAAGAACGGCUCCCGAUCCCCGCAUUAAUGCCUCCUCUCGCGAUAUUCGACCCCAACGAGCUCUCCUCCUUCAGUAUGCUGGCAAACCCUAACCCUAACCCUAACCCUAACCCUAGUAACAAUCCAGAUGUUGCGGGGUUUCUUGAUGUUCUGAGGAACGGGAUCAAAUACUCGAGCGGGCAGUUUCAUGAGUACCGCGGGGAUUCAUCGGGUGGUGUUAGUGCGGGCCUAAUGAUGUUCCCUAAUUUCGACGGGGGGCUAAUUAGUACUGAAACCGCAGCGACCGUAGUUACAACCGCAAGCGGGUCUUUAGAUGAUAAUGUUGGAUGUGAGAAUAGCAUGUGGGAUCAUGGUCAUCAUCAUCAUCAUCAUCAUCACUAUCAUCAUGGCAACUUGGGUGCGCGCGGAGGAGUGGAGUGGGACGCAACAGGGGGCUUCAUCAUGGCGUGGGAUCAUCAAUAGCUCGCUCAUGCAUGUAGAGUGUGAGGAGGAGGUCAAUGUUGUUCAUGUUGUUGUUGUUGUUUCUUAAUUUCUGGGUAUAUGUCUUGAGUCUUUACUUCGAAGAGAAGGGUGUUUGGUGUAGCUGUAUUUUCUUGACUUCUGGGAUAUUGGUUGAUAUUGACAUUUUUUUGUGA